UUUGCUUGUGCUAAACUUGCAGCAGUUUACUAAGUUUUGCUGCUUGAAAGACUCAUACCGAACUUUUACAAUGUUGAGCAUUCUGCUGCUUUUUUGCUUUGUCAAAUAUAGUGGAACCCCUCCUGUAGGAGCCAGCACUAUAUCUGUGACAGGAGAAAAGGGAGGAAACACCACACUGAAAUGCCAAUUUGAGGCCAAAAAGAUUUCUUACAUUAGUUUAAAUAGUCUGUCAGAAAACAUUGAUGUUUGUCAGACUGAAGAAUGUAGUGGACAAAUAUUUAAACAAGGAAACUGUGACGUCGUCUUCAAGAAUCUGUGCUUCAGUGAUGCUGGGACAUAUAUGUUGAAUAUCUAUUACCACAAUGAUCAGGCAGAGCUGGAGCGACAAAUCAGGACGUACCAACUUCAUAUUCAGGAUGUGGUUUCUGUGAAAAAAGGUGAGGAGCUGAAGUUGGAUGUUCUGUCAAACGCUGAUAAAGUGCAGCAUCAGAGCAGAAGAAGCACCGGGUGGAUGAAGGUCUGGAGCAGAACUGAUGGAGGUCAGAGUGAACGAACCACCAUCAGUGAUGUAAACCUGAUCAUUAGUUAUUUUACAGCUAGAGACGCAGGAACAUACAGAGUUCUGGACCCUGAUGGAGAAAUCAUGAUCACAGUGACAGUCACAGAAUCAGGUACAGAAUCAAAGGAAAAAAUGCACAACACAGAUGAUGUUAAAUCUAAUGAUGCAAUAUAUAUUGUAAUAUUUUGGAUUGUGAUUGUUGGACUGCAUGUCAUGGCUCUGGUGAUUUAUAUUGUGCCUUGUCUCAAGAAACACCACUGGCUGUGAAAGUGGAAAAAUAUCCUUAUGGGCCCCAAUGCAAGGAAAUGUAAAGGGAGCCUAGAACAUCUAGUGAUAAUGCUGCUUAUUUGUAAUUUAUUUUAUAUUUAACAGAUUUACAGAGGAUUCUGUCAAUAUAUUUCUGUAAAUAUAUGUAAUUUACAGUACAAUAAUUGCAUUAUUUCAGUUUCAUGUGUGUUACCAUGAUGGUGUUUAGUGUUUGUGUGAAUGACACUGUGCACCUUCUAUGUAUGUUAAAUAACUCCACAAGCAGCAUUAUCAGCUCCACUUAUUACUAGCCAGGGCUGUGUUUCCCAGAAGCAUUGUAAACUUAGGUUGAUUGAAGCUCCAUUGGUUUCAAUGGAUCUACGGUGUAUUUAAGCUUAUGAUGCUUUUGGGAAAUACAGCGUAGUUUGACUUAAUUUCUAUCAUAUAUCUACGAGUGCUUAUAUUUUCCUUCAAAUGUUUAGUUUGAUCUCACCAUUUUGGUGAUCAGUGUUUGCUUUAGUUAUUCUCUUGACCAUUGACUCUUUAAUGUUAGUUUUUCUUUGGAUGUUGUAACUGUGUUUGUGACACACAUUUGUUAUGACAAGAAAAAUUGUAAUUAAGUAGUUUUGGUUAACUGUUGAUGGCGAUAUCAUCAUCUAAUGACCUGAUUCACUGAUCUCAAUUAGUGUCAUUGGGUGAUUUGUAAUUAAUUUCACAUUGUUUGUGGUAGUGAUGUUACGUUCUU